AUGUCGACGAAUAUAUCUAGGAGUAGUAAGAGGUCUCUUUCGUCAGCAAUUUCGAGUUUCUUUAGGCGAUUUCCUGAGGGUACGCUUGGGCGUAGCAGUGAGAAGUCGUUUGAUGUUGAUAAUGAGUAUGAAAAUGGGGCUAUGAUGGACUGCGAUACCAGUAGUGAGACUGUUAUUAAGCGCACGAGACACGAGUUAGAGAAUGGAUCCGCAGUUGGCGAGCAUCGGGCACAACAGCGGCGACGGGCAGAGACAUCUAAGUUGGCUGGACAAUCGCCGCAAUUGAUAUUGUACGAAUCGGAUGGUAAUCUACGGCCGCCGGUGCUUCCAAUUCUUCCGGCUCAGCGGUUGCGUAUGUUGCGUUAUAAGCAAGAGAUACGCAGGCAGCAAAUGCAAAUGAUACAGUUGGUCCCUUCGAGCCAGGAUGAGGUGAGAGUGCUUACAGGGACAUUAGGCGUAUCUAACCAGGGUGAGAGGCUACAGAAUACCUUGAGAAAGAGUGCAAAUUUACGUGACAGACCUACUUCUUCUUUAAAAAAGGGCCGCCUUUGGUCAAGUGACUUUGAAUAUGAUCUAUCGGAGUAUGAUGUACUGAAGAAACAGAAGCUGAACGGCAGUCUCGCGCUGAAUAUCACCUCAGAAAGCCCCAAAUUUGAGCAGCAGCUCUCACUCAAAAAGCAUACAUCGGGAUUUGGGACACGAGGACCUCGGAUGCUUUCUUCGAAUCUUUCCACAACGCAGAAGAAGUUGCUACAGGGCGCUUCAUCUGAACUAGUCGCCGACAGUAAGGAUGCUACAAAAGGAAGCGAUAAAAAUGUGCUUUAUAUCAAGGAGGAUAGGUCUGGUGGUAAUGCCGGAGGUCCUUCAAAACAGCUACCUAGUAUUGGUUUUGAUUUCUUGUCUCGCAAAACACCAUCUCAAACCACUGGUGAUAUAGAUCCUACGGUCGAUGAAGAUGAUAAAGCUGAGAAGAAAGGCUCAGGAAGUCAAAUUGAUGUAAACGACAAUAAAAAAGACGUGGAAUUGAAGGAUUCGCUAGCGAAAAAGUCGCCGUCUCUAGCAUUUAAUCUUGGUCCAGCAUCCAAACCAUUGUUUGCAACACCUUCGAAGAUUGAAACGAGGCCUGCUUCCGAUGAGGGCGAAGAGAGGAGCAAGAAACGUGCCCAUCGUUCCAGUAGUACUACGGCAGACGAUAACGAUGGAAAAUUACCAGAGAAGACGAAGCCCACAUUGGUAUUUGGUACAACUGAGACGGAAAAGUCUAGUGCCUCACAGGUUACUCCUACGGUAGCUCAGAAGCCAACCUUCUCAUUUGGUAGUACCCUGAACUCAUUAGGGAAGUCUACCACAUCGGGGGCUCCUAAAGAUCUCAAUCCUGUAGGUCUGUCAUCGAAGCCCAAACUCACCUUUGCAGCAGCUAAUGACAACUCUCCAAAAGAGACUAAACCAGGAUUUGCAUUUGGAGGAAGUAAUGGUAAAAGUGAUUUAUCAUCGAAACCAGAGUUUUCUUUUGGAGGGAUUAAAGCUACUAGUGAAUCAGAUAAGAAGCCGGCCUUUACGUUUGGUGCCAACACCGACAAGAAUGAGCCACCGGCAAAAGUGGCAUUUUCAUUUGGAGCAGCCAGCGAUAAGGGUAAAACUGAGAGUAAGCCAGCGUUCACUUUUAGCAACAAUUCUGAUGAGAAGAAGGACCUAACACCUGCUCCAUCUUUCUCAUUUGGUGCUGCCAAACUUCCCACACAAAAGGAACCAUCACCAAAACCAAUUUCUUUGUUUGAGUCCAAUAAGGUUGAGGGCGAAAAGAAUAGCUCUCCGAAGCCAUUCUCUUUUUCAACCACUAAAUCGGAGGUUGAAGCUAACAAGACGCCAAGCUUUAGCUUUGGCGGUGCUCUGAAGGAGAAAAAACCAGCAUCCAUCGAGGAAACAUCCAAAGACAAGUUCAAUCCUGUCGCACCACAGGUUACAAUUGCGGGUGCCUCUAGUCUUUUCAAUGCGGCUCCAUCCACCACUACGCCGAGUACUUUAACAAACGGCGGAACUUUCUCAGGCUUUGGGAACGAUAAUGCGAAUAGUAAAAGCAACACACCUAGUGCUUCUGCGCAGGGUACGGUACCUUCCGCAAAAACCGGUGGAUUUAAAUUUGAUUUAUCAAAUUUCAAGACCAAUGUUCCUGCUGGCUCUAACCCCCCUGCUUUCAAUUUACAAAACAACCAGUCAAAUAGCAGCGCAAACGCACCAAGCAACACGUUUGGCUUUACAGGUGGGAUUGCUUCGGUACCCACUGCCCCGCAACCACAACAGGCAUCCACGACAUUCAGUUUUGGCCAACCACCUCCAGCAAACAAUAAUUUCGGUUUUAAUUCUGGAUCUACAACAGCUAAUAGUUCCCCCGCCUUUGGUACAAGCACUAAUAUUCAGCCGACUACCGGCUUUAACUUUGGCAAUGCCGCCAAUGGAAUAUCCACUCCACCUGUAUUCAGCAACAGCGCCUCGCCUGCAGCAGCACCUGUGCCAGUUUCAUUCCAUCCAUCAACAUCAGUUAACAUGAACUUUGGCGGCGCUACUAGUGGAUUGAAUCCUGCGCAAAUCUUUGGACAACAACAGAACCAACCAGCAGCUCCCACAACUGGUUUUGGCGCUGCUCCUACCCAACUCCAGGCUAUGCAAAUGCCAUCGGGAAGAAGGAUAGCCCGGAUGAGAGCAAGGAGAGGCUAA